AUGUUUCUCGAGGUUUCUUUUACGUACAAAGUCUCACGGUUCAGAGAUCCCUGGUCUGGCCUCAAGGAGGGCGCCGUUGAGUCUAGAAGUGCGUGCACCGAUAUUUCCACUCUGACCUGCUCCACCAGCAAGGAAGGGACUGAGCAGACAUGUGGUAAAGACAUGUUCAAAGCUUUUGUGGACGAGAAUCAGGGAUCAGGAGAUAAAGACGCUGUGAGCUUGUCCAGUGGAUUUUACUGCAUUGAUUGUGCAGAGAUAAACAUUGCUAUAUCUGUUGCUGAUGAGGCUGAUAAUGGUGAUAAUCCUUUCUGCUCCUCACUAUCAAUAAUCCUCAUAGACUCGGGCCGACCGUAG